AACUUAAAAAUGAGAACUACUAAGGUGGCACAAGACACUGUUUUAGCAUUCAGAUUGCCACUAACUAUUAUGUGUUGAAAAGGUAACAAACAAUGCACAUUGGCUUUUUCCCUCAUUCUUGUUCCUUCCCCUUUCUUAUCUUUUUUCUCUUGAGACCAAAAAAAAAAAGUCAGUCUCAUGUACUCCAGGAAGACUGACUUGGAACCCCUAAUCCUCCUGUCUUUGCGGUCUGUACCACCCGCCAUACCUAUUCUACUGGCAGCAAUGGAGACAGAAGAAUAAAAACAGAUGACUCAGAAAACCUAUAGUCAAGCUCUGCCCUACUAUAUGACCUUGAUUGGAUUCAUCUACCAGUUCUUUGAUUUGAUAAUUCUCUGAGUUUCACCAGUAAUGCCACUCAGUUGCCAAUAUCAAGCAAGCGCAUAUAAGACACUUGUAAUCUUUUAAGAAAAGUAGUACUUCUCUUCACAGUAUCUGGCGGAUCAACACUGGAGGGUGAGGUGUCAGCUUCCAGAAAGAUCAUCAUGAAGUUAUAUGUGUUUCUGGUUAACACCGGAACCACGCUGACAUUUGACACUGAGCUAACUGUGCAAACUGUGGCUGAUCUUAAGCAUGCCAUUCAAAGCAAAUACAAGAUUGCUAUUCAGCACCAGGUUCUGGUGGUCAAUGGAGGAGAAUGCAUGGCUGCAGAUCGAAGAGUGUGUACUUACAGCGCUGGGACGGACACAAAUCCAAUUUUUCUUUUUAAUAAAGAAAUGAUCUUAUGUGACCGUGCACCUGCUAUUCCUAAAGCUACCUUUUCAACAGAAAAUGACAUGGAAAUAAAAGUUGAAGAGUCUCUUAUGAUGCCUGCAGUUUUCCACACUGUUGCUUCAAGGACACAGCUUGCAGUGGAAAUGUAUGACGUUGCCAAGAAGCUCUGCUCUUUCUGUGAAGGGCUUGUCCAUGAUGAACAUCUUCAGCACCAAGGCUGGGCUGCAAUCAUGGCCAAUCUGGAGGACUGUUCAAAUUCAUACCAAAAACUUCUUUUCAAGUUUGAAAGUAUUUAUUCUGAUUAUCUUCAAUCCAUAGAAGACAUCAAGUUAAAACUUACUCAUUUAGGAACUGCUGUUUCAGUAAUGGCCAAGAUUCCACUAUUGGAGUGCCUAACCAGACAUAGUUACAGGGAAUGUUUGGGAAGACCGGAUUCUUUGAAUGAACAUGAAGGCUCAGAGAAAGCUGAGAUGAAAAGAUCUACUGAACUGGUGCUCUCUCCUGAUAUGCCUAGAACAACGAACACAUCCUUGGUAACCUCAUUUCACAAGUCAAUGGAGCAUGUAGCUCCAGAUCCCACCGGUACUGAACGUGGCAAAGAACUUAGGGAAUCUUGUCAAAGUACUGUCCAGCAAGAAGAAGCUUCAGUGGAUGCUAAAGACAGUGAUCUGCCUUUUUUUAAUGUUUCUUUGUUAGACUGGAUAAAUGUUCAAGAUAGACCCAAUGAUGUGGAAUCUCUGGUCAGGAAGUGCUUUGAUUCUAUGAGCAGGCUUGACCCAAAGAUUAUUCAACCAUUUAUGUUAGAAUGCCAUCAAACUAUUGCCAAACUUGAUAAUCAGAAUAUGAAAGCCAUUAAAGGGCUUGAAGAUCGGCUGUAUGCCUUGGACCAGAUGAUUGCUAGCUGUAGCCGGCUGGUAAAUGAACAGAAAGAGCUUGCUCAGGGAUUUUUAGCUAAUCAGAUGAGAGCUGAAAACUUGAAGGAUGCAUCUGUGUUACCUGAUCUGUGUCUGAGUCAUGCAAAUCAACUAAUGAUUAUGUUGCAAAACCACAGAAAACUGUUGGAUAUUAAACAGAAGUGCACCACUGCCAAACAAGAGCUAGCAAACAAUCUCCACGUCAGACUGAAGUGGUGUUGUUUUGUGAUGCUUCAUGCUGAUCAAGAUGGAGAAAAACUGCAGGCACUGCUCCGCCUUGUAAUAGAGCUGUUAGAAAGAGUCAGAAUUGUUGAGGCUCUUAGUACAGUUCCUCAGAUGUAUUGCCUAGCUGUUGUUGAGGUUGUAAGAAGAAAAAUGUUCAUUAAACACUACAGAGAGUGGGCUGGUGCUUUAGUCAAAGACGGAAAACAACUAUAUGAAGCUGAAAAGUCAAAAAGGGAAUCCUUUGGGAAAUUAUUUAGGAAGUCCUUUUUAAGAAAUCGUCUGUUUAAAGGACUGGACUCCUGGCCUUCCUCAUUUUGUACUCAGAAGCCUCGAAAAUUUGACUGUGAACUUCCAGAUAUAUCAUUAAAAGAUUUACAGUUUCUUCAAUCAUUUUGUCCUUCAGAAGUGCAGCCAUUCCUCAGGGUCCCCUUACUUUGUGACUUUGAACCUCUACACCAGCAUGUACUUGCCCUACAUAAUUUGGUAAAAGCAGCACAAAGUUUGGAUGAAAUGUCACAGACUAUUACAGAUCUCCUAAAUGAACAAAAGGUAUCCACAAGUCAGGCAUCCCCACAGUCAGCUGCUUCUCCAAGAAUAGAAAGUACAACAGGCAUUACAACCACUACCUCACCAAAAACUCCUCCUCCACUAACUGUUCAGGACACCUUAUGUCCGGCAGUGUGUCCCUUAGAAGAAUUAUCUCCAGAUAGUAUCGAUGCUCAUACAUUUGAUUUCGAAACCAUCUCCCAUCCAAACACAGAACAACCUGUUCACCAAGCUUCUAUAGACUUGGAUUCAUUAGCAGAAAGCCCUGAGUCUGACUUUAUGUCUGCUGUGAAUGAGUUUGUGAUAGAAGAAAAUUUAUCGUCUCCAAACCCUAUAAGUGAUCCACAAAGUCCAGAAAUGAUGGUGGAGUCACUUUACUCUUCAGUCAUCAAUGCAAUAGAUAGUAGGCGUAUGCAAGACACAAGUACACGUGGAAACGAGGGCUUUGGGGAUCGGGCUGCUCUACAUGUCCAGCUGGAGAAAUGCAGAGCUGCUGCACAAGACUCUCACAGCAGUAUACAAACCAUCAAGGACGAUCUGUGCCAUUUCAGAACAUUUGUACAAAAAGAACAGUGUGACUUAGCAAAUUAUUUAAAAUGUACAGCUGUAGAAAUAAGAAAUAUUAUUGAAAAAGUAAAAUGUUCUCUAGAAAUAACACUAAAGGAAAAGCAUCAGCAAGAACUCCAAUCUUUAAAAAUUGAGUAUGAAUGUAAACUUGAUGCUCUAGUAAAAGACAGUGAAGAAAAUGUAAAUAAAAUUUUAAAAUUGAAAGAAAAUUUAGUAUCCCUUGAAGAGGCUUUACAAAAUAAAGACAAUGAAUUCACUUCGAUUAAACAUGAAAAGGAUGCUAUUGUCUGUGUGCAGCAAGAAAAGGAUCAGAAGUUGUUAGAGAUGGAAAAGAUAAUGCAUACUCAACAUUGUGAAAUUAAAGAACUGAAGCAGUCACGAGAGAUGGCAUUAGAAGACCUGAAAAAGCUGCAUGAUGAAAAAAUCGAGUCAUUGAGAGCUGAAUUUCAGUGCUUAGAACAAAAUCACCUGAAGGAAUUAGAGGACACACUGCACAUCAGGCACACACAGGAGUUUGAGAAAGUUAUGACAGACCACAAUAUGUCUUUGGAGAAAUUAAAAAAAGAAAAUCAGCAAAGAAUUGACCAGAUGCUAGAAUCUCAUGCCUCAACUAUUCAGGAAAAAGAGCAACAGCUGCAGGAGUUGAAACUCAAAGUUUCUGACUUGUCAGACAUGAGAUGUAAGUUAGAGGUUGAACUUGCACUAAAGGAAGCAGAAACAGAUGAGAUAAAGAUCUUGUUGGAAGAGAGCAGAACACAGCAGAAGGAAAUGCUGAAGUCUUUACUUGAACAAGAGACCGAAAACUUAAGAACAGAAAUAAGUAAACUAAACCAAAAAAUUCAUGAUAAUAAUGAGAGUUACCAGGUGGGUUUGUCAGAGUUAAGAGCUUUAAUGACAAUUGAAAAAGAUCAGUGCAUUUCAGAGUUAAUCAGUAGACAUGAAGAAGAAUCUAAUAUACUUAAGGCUGAAUUAGACAAUGUUACAUCUUUGCAUCGCCAAGCAUAUGAAAUAGAAAAAAAACUGAAAGAACAAAUAGUUGAAUUGCAGACUAGAUUGAACUCAGAAUUGAGUGCUCUUGAAAAACAGAAAGAUGAAAAAAUAACCCAACAAGAAGAGAAGUAUGAAGCACUUAUCCAGAACCUUGAGAAAGACAAGGAGAGACUGGUCAAGAACCACGAGCAAGACAAAGAACACUUAAUUCAGGAGCUUAAUUUUGAAAAAAACAAAGCUGUUCAAACUGCACUAGAUGAAUUUAAGGUGGAGAGAGAACUUGUUGAGAAAGAGUUAUUAGAAAAAGUUAAACAUCUUGAGAAUCAAAUAGCCAAAACUCCUGCCUUUGAGUCAGCCAGAGAAGAUUCUUCAAGCUUAGUUGCGGAACUUCAAGAGAAACUUCAAGAAGAAAAAGCUAAGUUUCUGGAACAACUUGAAGAACAAGAGAAAAGAAAGAAUGAGGAAAUGCAAAAUGUCAGAACCUCUUUGAUUGCUGAGCAGCAGACCAACUUUAACACAGUCUUAACAAGAGAGAAAAUGAGGAAAGAAAACAUAAUAAAUGAUCUUAGUGAUAAGCUAAAAAGUACAAUGCAGCAGCAAGAGCGGGAUAAAGAUUUGAUAGAGUCGCUCUCUGAGGACCGAGCUCGUUUGCUUGAAGAGAAGAAGCAGCUUGAAGAGGAAGUGAGUAAACUCCGCACUAGCAGUUUUCUUUCCUCAGCACCUGUGGCUGCAGCCCCAGAGCUCUAUGGUGCGUGUGCACCUGAGCUCCCAGGGGAGCCAGAGAGAUCAGUCAUGGAGACGGCAGAUGAAGGAAGACUGGAUUCCGCAAUGGAGACAAGCAUGAUGUCUGUCCAAGAAAACAUGUUAUCUGAAGAGAAGCAGAGGAUCAUGCUCCUAGAACGGACAUUGCAGUUGAAAGAAGAAGAAAACAAGCGGUUAAAUCAAAGACUGAAGAGAAUGGAGCAUGUGUGCCAUCAUAGUGUCAGUAUGGAUUCAGAGGACAAAAUGUCUCAGAGUUUGUCCUCAGUCUCUUCAAGGCAUUCUGAAAAAAUAGCCAUUAGAGAUUUUCAGGUGGGAGAUUUGGUUCUCAUCAUCCUAGAUGAGCGGCACGACAAUUAUGUAUUGUUUACUGUUAGUCCUACUUUAUAUUUUCUGCACUCAGAGUCUCUUCCUGCCCUGGAUCUCAAACCAGGUGAGGGAGCUUCAGGUGCAUCUAGAAGACCCUGGGUCCUUGGGAAAGUAAUGGAAAAGGAAUACUGUCAAGCCAAAAAGGCACAAAACAGAUUUAAAGUUCCUUUGGGGACAAAGUUUUACAGAGUGAAAGCUGUGUCAUGGAAUAAGAAAGUAUAGCCACAGAAGAAAUCUCUACAUCUCAUACCAUUUUUGAUUUGUCCUCCAGUGCUGAUAAACUACUCUAAAAACAGCUGGCCAUUGUUGGGUUUUUUUUUGUUGUUUGUUUGUUUGUUUGUUUUUACAAAAGUCAACAUAACAAUAUACUUCAUUGGUGGACUGCACUUACCUUUUAAGUGGCUACAUCUUAGGAACAAUAAAUUUAUUAAAAUUCUUGGCUGAAUCAAAAUGGUUUUGUUUUGUUUCCACCCAAAUAACUAGAAAUUCGGACCAAAAUAGAUGUUUUCCAAGGGCAGAGCCUGCACUGUGGCUUGUGACUAGCCUCAUUAGUUGCCUGUUAAUAAACAUUAGCUGAAUAGUUACCAGUGUUGUUACCAGCAUUUGUCCUCUUGUGAAUUCAAGAGUCCUCGCACUCUUUAACAUGUUCUUUAUAAAAUGUAUAAACCCUUCCAAACUAUUUAAAGAGGAGUGUUAUUGCAUGCAGAUAAUCAUAAUUUUGAGUUUGCCUCAGAAGACUACUAAAGCAAAUUUGUUCAUUUUUUUUUAAAAAAAUGCCCUUUAAUGUUUCAAAAAAAAAUAACAGUGUAAUUUGACUGACUUUAAGAUCAGCCAUAAAUAAUGAGCAGUCUUCAAAAGCACUUUUCACACAGAUCAUCUGGGCUCCAGGGAGGAAGAGUCUGUGCCACUGAUGUUUUCAAGUGCAGGACUCACUCAAACCUCUCAGCAUCUUAGGACUGUUUCAAGUAAUCAUAUUGAUGAACUCGUAAUUCAUGGUUGACCUUCAGAAGAAGAUAUUCAUUGUAUAUUAACAUUUAGAGGUCAUUUAAAUAACAAAAGUCUGUAUUGUAAAGGACCUGUACAAUUUUAAGACAAUAAAGAAUUGAAAGUGUAAAUGUGUGUGCCUUUUAAAGGUUACAUUUUAAAUAUAUUGCGUGAUUUCUGGGAAAGGUGAAAAAAAUGUUCUGUAUCAAAGAGAAACCUGUUUAUUAAAAAAUGUUGUUUGUAUCCUAUGUAACAGGGUGAAGUGGUGUUCUGUGGAACAGAACCAUGUAAACUCAAGGUUUAAAAGCUGGCACUGAACAAAGAUAUUGAAGUAGCUAGGCUAGUUGAUUGGAAAGAGUUUCUUCAGGGUUGUUGUUAGCAGUAAUAAAUGAUUCUUUUUCAGAAAUAUUUAAUUUCUCCAUAAAAAUAAGUUGGAUAUUUUUAUAAAUAUGUAAUCUAAUAGAAUGAAAAUGGAAUAAACAUAGUGUAUAGAAUACCUAAUUCAAAAACAUAUUAAUGAAUAAACGAACAAAUGAUUUCAUGUUUCUAUUCAGUCCUUCAAUGACAUCUUUAUAUAUAGACUACAAGUGUAACAUGACUUUAUGUAUUUUUAAAACAGUUGUAUUUGUGAUUGAGUCUGUUAGUGCAGUCUAUUUCACUUAAUUGGUGCUCUUCAGAUUUAAUAUAUGGUUUUAUGCUGUGGAAUUACUGUGUGUUCUGACACACUAACUCUCUUUCGUUAACACUGAGUCUUGUGGUCGUUGAUUGUCUUUGUUACCCAGUACUUUCAUAUUCAUCUUACCAGUGUUCACACACAUGUUCCAAGCAAGUGAGAACUAAAAAGAUUUUGUUACAAAGAAAACAAAACAAUUCCAGAAGCCUAAAUUCAUUGAGCUUUUGUUUUUACAUAGUUAAAGGCAAUAUGAACUUUGCAGCUAGAAUGAAUACCUGACUUUCAGUCUCAGAUGUGGCUUUUAGAUAAAGUUCCACAAAUGGACCCAUUGUCUGAUGUCUAAAACAGGGUACUGGAACCUAUGUAAUAUAGUUUGCACUUUCAAUGCAAAAAUUUUUAGGUAUGUGUUCAGUACUCAACAUGUUAACUGUUGUAAAGGUUUAUACGGUAUAGUCUUGGGGGGGACAGAAAUGUAUAGGGGCCCCACAGAGUUCCAGCAUCACAGGAGGCUGAGGCAGGAGCAUUUGAGCAACAGAGAAUGACAACAUCUGAAGAACAGGUGGGGAAAAACGGCUUUUACUGUGAACUUUUAAAGAAUGCUUAUGUUACAUAUGUUUAUUGUGACAGUGGUAAUUUAAUAUAAUAAAAACAUUAUAUAUGCCUGG